AUGCCGCCAGCGCAGGUGCCCUUUGCGCUGAAGGUGAAGACGCUGCUGAAGAUGUGCAUCCAGCGGCUUCGGUACGCCCAGGAGAAGCAGCAGGCGCUCGCGAAGCAGGACAGAAGGGAGGUCGCGCAGUUGCUGACAGAUGGGCGCGAACAAAAGGCUCACUACCGUGUCGAGUCCCUUGUGAACAAUGACGUUCAUGUCGAGUUGCUCGAGGUACUCGAGCUUUACUGCGAGCUUUUGCUAGCGCGUGUUGGGAUCCUCACGGAUGUCAAGGACGAGGCGGACCUCGUCGCGAACCACAUGCAGGAUGGGAUCAACGAGGCCGUGAGGUCGCUGUGCUACACGGUUCCACAUGUCUUGGAGGUCAAGGAGAUUGCACAAUUGAGGGACCAGAUUGCGCUCAAGUUCGGCAAAGAUUAUCUCAGGGCAGUCACGGAGGACGCCCUGGGGGUCCCACAGAAAGUCGUAUCGAAGUGUUCGCCGAACCUCCCCGGGAAUGACCUUGUAGUGAUGUACUUGAAAGAGAUAGCAAGGACUUACGACGUUCCCUACAGUCAGCUUUCAGAUAGCGAGCCAGAGAGUACAGAAUCUCUGGAGGAGAAGUCUGUCGACGCAGAAGACAAACCCUUCGUAGCGGUGGAUAACGACGUGCAGGUCGAUUCGGACGACAAGCACCCUAUAACGGUGCGCAAACCUAGGCAAAACAGCGAGACCAUGAAGCAGGACCUGAAGAUCCCCAAGAACAUCAAGCAUGAGGUCAAAGUCGUCCACUCGAAGGCCAGCUCGAAGUCGAGCGAGGAUGAUGAGUUCGCCGAACUCAAGAAACGGUUCGAGAACCUGCGCAGGUAA